AUGAAGGUACAACAACGACUUGGUAUAUUGGUGGCUAUUGUAGUGUUUGCGCUUCAAGGCGUGUUUGGUUUUUGCAAUAAACAGUUGAAGUAUUGCUUCACGAUAUCUCCUACGGUAUCCCCUCUUAAUGAUGGAAAAGAUUACGUUGAAUUUAGAUUGGAAGCACCAGCAAACGUUGGAUGGGCUGGCAUUGGGGUCGGAAAAUAUAUGACUACUUCAUAUCUAAUAGUUGCCUGGCCAAACUCUAGUGGCAAUGUAACCGUCUCUCAACGUAAAGCGAAUGGUUAUUACGAACCGGAUCCGACACCUAAUCAAAGCGAUCUCAUUCUCGAUGCAGAAGCCAGCGGCAUUCAAAACGGCAAGUUUGUUGCCGUUAUUCGACGUGCCGUGACCGUCGAGGACUCCACCAUACAAACGGGUGGGAAGCAAUGGUUUGUUUAUGCUAUUGGACCCAGUCGACCCUCUGAUGAAUACAACGCCACUUUGGAGCAGCAUCAGGCUGAUCAUAUGGGGGUGACCGAGUUGGACGUCGGGCAGGGUGGUCAGGGUAUCACCGAUAAGUAUCUCACUAUACAUGCUAUAUUCAUGUUGCUUGCAUGGGCAGUGGCAACCCCCUUGGCGAUAUUCAUUGCUCGAUUUGGCAAGAAAGCUUUACCUAAUAGCUGGUUCCGUUUACAUUGGGGAAUUCAAGCAUUCGUAACGACCAUUUGCGUCAUUCUUGGAUUUACAUUUGCUGUGUUGGCUAUGGGUGGAUUACAACACGAACACGCUCAUCACAAACUGGGAUAUGUCAUUAUUAUUGGUUUUAUAGCACAGUUAGGACUGGGAGUGUUCCACCAUGUUAUGUUUGACAAAAGGCGCGAGUAUGUUCCAAUAUGGACAAAAGUUCACUGGUGGGUCGGCCGUCUUCUCUUCAUUUUAGUCCUCAUCCAAAUAGAACUCGGACUCCGGCUGUUCGCUGAAGUUACGAUGGGUUGGUACGUCGCAUACUAUGUAUACAUCAGUACCAUAUUUGCAAUAUUUUUCAGUUUUUCCUUCCGUCAAUGGUUAUAUUGGAGACGAAAGAGCAAGGCGUCUGGUUACGAGUUUGAUGACAAUAGAAACUUUGUUAAAAUGGAUGAAACUGGCUCGAUGCACGAUUAG